UAAAUUAUUAUUGAAAUGUAUCAUCAUAAUUAUCCUCAUCCAAUCCUCGAAACCCAGUCACAACACACGAUGGGUUUGGGUUCAACACGAUCGAUAUUCCAGUUUACAACCUCCUCCUUCACAGUCCUGAUCCAUCUCACUACCACAUUAUAACCGAGCCCUGUCUCAGAGCGACUCCCAUCCUUCGCCAACGCACAAAGGGGGAAAUGUGCAAUCAUCAAUUCCGUGUUUAUAGAGCCAGCGUUUGAGGCAGGCAACCACUUGGCAGUGCAGGGAACUUCCCCAUGCACGUUCAGUGCCCCGUCUACGAGGCAGCCUGCGCGGGGCUCUGCCAGACCUCGCGGCUCGUGCGGAGAGAGAGAGGCAUGGGCUGGGGGUGCCGCUCCACGAUCCCCGCCACGGUUCUGGUGCUGCUGCUGCUCCACGCAGCUCACGCUGCAGGUGGUGGAGCUGGGGAGAUCUGCACCGAGGGUAACGGCUACAAUGUGUGCGUGGCGAGGACUGUGGAGGCCGCGGAGGGAGGCUCCGCCACUCUCCCCUGCAGAUUCACGUUCCCUGAAAACGUGAAUCUGAGCCGAAUCAGUGUCGCGUGGAGAAUUGAUAACUUUCACGGAAAUUUCACCUUUAACAACACGGGCAACCCGACCUUUAUCAGCAAGCUGUUCACGAACCGCCUCGCCCUGGUGGGAGAUCCUCACAAACGCGAGGCAUCUCUAGAGAUCACGAACGUGAGGCGCAGCGACCAGAACAAGUACUUCUGCCGAAUAAUGUUACACACCUUGUUAGAGAAAAUUGUGUUCCAGAUAAUUCCAGGAACGGAUCUAAUUAUUAAAGGCACCACUGCCAGUCCUGGCAGCAUUGCCACUGCUGGCACCACGCAGAGUCCCCUAGUCCCAGAGACCGCCGCGGCCGCGUUCCCCACGGCCACGGUCGCUGCCAUCUCGGCCCUCGGUGGCCUCCUGCUGGUCGCUGCCUGCGCGGCUGCCCUCGUGUUCCUGUGGAGACGGCGGGCCCGAGGUGUCCAAUCAGCUCCCUGCACAGUCGAGCCACGCAGGGAGGUGAGGAACGAGGAGCAGGAGAGAUCCCCGCGGAUCAGGCGCAGUCCGGGGAGAUUCUCUACUCCGAGCUGCAGCACGGAGGACCUGGGGCAGCGGCAGCAGCUUCAGCAGCCAGGCCAAGAAUGCCCGCAGUGGAGGACAGCUCAGUGGUGUAUGCACGCAUCCGCGUGUAGCGGCGGAGAGAUGCGGACCUCGCACAAACCCGACUGACCUUCACAAGUAGACCAACUCCCUCCACAAGUAGACCACUGCUCUCUCCACUGACCUCCAAGUGCAGACCACCGCUCCCUCCACCAACCUCCACGUGCAGACCACCGCUCUCGCCACUGAUCUCCACAAGACCACUUCCUCCACUAACCUCCACGAGACCAAUGCUUCCUCCACUAACCACUGUCUUCAGUAGGAAUGAUGUACACACCCGCCUCUCUAGUUAUAAUUGCUCACACGGGGUGUGCAAUUGUUCAAUCAACAAUGCUUAUGCUAUUAAGGAUCAUUGCCUGAAAGGUGCCGCUUAUAAUCUUUCCCGUUUAGGUUACACACGGUGCCAUUAUUGACACGGAACGUGUCAAGUUGUGGUGUUGUUUGUACCUGUGCACCGCUACCAAUGCCUUAUGAACAGACAACCCAUUCCACCCAUCCUGGAAUUGCCUUGUGUUCAUGUGGCAGGGUUUUGUUUGUCCCAGAAUCUGUUGGAACUGCGUUGACCUGCAUUGCUGUGCAUCGCUGUUCGUAUUGUACCAAGGUUGCCCAAGAUAUCUGCUUCUGUGCCACAAGCAGUGCCCCCUGUAAACACAGACACUCGUGCGUCUUGCUUGAAACACACGAGGAAUGCAUCUCGGCUUGGUCUGUGGAAAAGCUGGCAACCCUAUCACACAGGAUUCCCAUUAAAAGCUCCCAGAGCAAAAAUGUA